AUGCGGCCUGGUUGGACCUCUGAUACACGUCGUCUAUCAGCUUCACUUGUUUAUUCAUUAAAUCAUACACCAUCUGUUGAUAAAGGUAUUAUACAAAUAACAGCUGGUUUUGUUUUUUUUGACGAAUAUCUUGUUCAAGGUUAUUUAAGACAAUUAUUAUCAUCAUUAUCAUGUUUACAUGAAAAAGAAAUUAUUCAUCGUGAUAUACAUAAUGUUAAUAUAAUUUUAAAAGAUUCAACAAAACAAUCAAUUAAAUUAGGAUGA